AAGUUUAAUUGAAAAGAGCAUACCACUCUGCCAGUGUUAUGCGUAUGCGCAAGAAUCUAACCUAGAAAAGAAGCCGGACCACGCUGAUACGCGGUACCACGCUGGUUUUCGUAAAUAAGAAAGAGUAGAUGUGCCAAGUGUUUCAUUAAAGAUAAAAGCAGGCAAAGGGAGGAAAAACGGACCGUAAAUAUCCGUGCAUUAUAAUCCUCGAGUUUUCCUCUCCAUCUUUUCUCACAGUAUACGAUAUUCACCAUGGUGCACAGUAGAAUAUUCGCGCGGAAUCGAGCGCUAGGCUAUGUCAGCAAUCACGUACCUCUCGUAACGAGGUACAUCCUCAGGAGGAAGGAGCACCUGGUCGUCACGUGCGUAGGCAGGGAGUUCCACACGUACGGAUGCAAACACUUCACCCUGCUGAGCGUCUCGGGUACGCACGCCGACGACAUCACCUGCCUAGCCACUGACACGUUUCACGUGUACACGGCUAGCGCGAAUAAGAUAUUCGCGUGGCGCCGGGGGACCGAGCUGAAGCACAUCUACGCAGGUCACGACUGCACGGUCCAUCUGUUGCUGCCGUUCGGCGCGCACUUGCUUUCCGUCGACGAGAACAGCACCCUAAAGGUCUGGGACAUCAAAUUGGAGAGUCUUCUACUGGAGUUGAAUUUCAGCAACGAUGUCUUCAGGAUCACUGCACUGAUACACCCCAAUACCUACAUGAACAAGAUCCUGCUUGGCAGCGAGCAGGGCCAGUUGCAACUAUGGAAUCUCAAGCUGGCUAAGAUGAUCUAUACAUUUGAGGGGUGGCGGAGCAGCGUAACGGCGCUGGAGCAAGCGCCCGCGAUAGACGUGGCCGCCGUCGGUUUGAACGACGGACGCAUUAUUCUGCACAAUCUUAAAUAUGACGAGACUAUCUUCGAGCUCGUGCAAGAUUGGGGCUCAGUGAUAUCCAUCAGCUUUCGCACGGACGGUCAUCCUAUCAUGGCGACCGGCAGUCUAGGUGGGCAGAUUGUGUUGUGGAACCUGGAGCAGCGAACAGUAGAGAGCCAAUUGUGCAAUGCGCACGACGCCGCUGUCACGGGUCUGAGAUACAUACCGAAUGAGCCACUAUUAGUCUCGUCUUCACCUGAUAAUUCUCUUAAACUGUGGAUAUUUGACAUGACUGACGGUGCCGGUAGACUACUGAGAAUCAGGGAGGGUCACGCCGAACCGCCGACGAUCGUUCGGUUCUAUGGAAACGAUGGUAAUUAUCUGUUAACCGCAGGUGGCGAUUCCUCACUUCGGCUGUUCUCCACCGUCACAGAGAUAUUGAAUAAGAGCCUGGGCAAAGCCUCAUUUAACAGGAAAGCUUCAAAGAAGAAAGGUCACGCGGUUGACGAUCCGCUGUUGAUGCCACCAAUAACCAAACUCGCGUCCGAGGUGACACGGGAGAAGGAAUGGUGCAACAUAGUAGCCGCUCAUUCUGGUCUAGGUGUGGUCACUACGUGGUCAUCUCACCUCCAGAAGAUGGGUGACUUUAAAUUACUUCCCGAGAGAUUUAAGAACAAUUACAAUGCUAUCGCGACUGCUUUAUGUUUAACGAGAUGUGGGAACUUCGUCGUUAUCGGGUACAACACGGGUCACGUUGACAGAUUUAACAUGCAAUCGGGGAUCCAUCGAGCAUCCUAUGGGAACGAGAACGCCGCUCAUGAAGGUCCCGUUAGAGGCAUCAUGGUCGACGACUUGAAUCAGACUCUCGUCACAGCUGGCAAAGACGCAAACAUCAAGUUUUGGGAUUUUAAACCUAGGAAAGGUAUAAUUACGGCGAGAACGAUAUUAACGAUGGAAGACUCAAUCGAGUGGAUACGAUGUCACAAUGAGAGCUCCCUCGUGGCUAUAGCCUUGGAAAAUUUUGAUAUCAUGUUAAUGGAUCUGGACACAAGGAGAAUAGUUCGACACUUUCAAGGACAUGAGGGACGAAUAACUGAUGCGUGUUUCAAUCCUGACUCCAGGUGGUUAAUUACAGCAUCUAUGGAUUGCACAAUCCGCACUUGGGACAUACCAUCAUCACACUUAAUAGAUAUCUUUCAGGUUUCCGAGGCUUGUAUAUCCUUAAGUUUCUCUCCAACAGCAGAAUUUCUUGCGACCGCGCACGUACGUAACGUAGGAAUCUUCUUAUGGUCAAAUCGUAUGCUCUAUUCGCACGUCUCGCUAAAGGCUAUUAGUAAAGACGAUAUGAUACCCGAAGUAGAGCUUCCCGGAUCUUCCAUAGAAACCGAGAAAGUCGAUGAGAAAGAUGUCGUCGCCGCAGAGCCAGAUUACGUAUCUCCCGACCAACUCGACAGUGAUCUUAUAACUAUGUCCGCCGUGGCGCAAUCUCGAUGGCAGAAUUUACUCGAUAUCGAUAUCAUUAAAAAGAGAAACAAGGCGAAGCAACAACUAAAAGUCUCAGAGACUGCGCCGUUCUUUUUGCCUACGAUUCCGUCAUUGGAAUUGCGCUUCGAUUUCUCAAACGUUAACAUCAACGACAAUACUGAAACUUCUCGUAUUCAUCCGACCUUGCAAAAUAUUACUUUAUUCAAUAAGAGUCUGCAAUCAGUUGACGACAACUUUUUGGACGUGAUAGAAAAAUUGAAGGCAAUGGGUCCUAGUAAUAUCGAUUUCGAAAUUCAAUCGUUAUCCGUGGAUGAGAAUUCCGCUGAACUAGCAAUGCUACAAUUCAUGAAGAUGCUUCGUUACAUGAUGGAACAACAAAUGGAUUUCGAAUUGUCGCAAGCGUAUUUGGCAGUAUUCUUAAAGUGGCACGGUCCAACGAUUUCGGAGAAAGAUACGUUACGAGAUUGUCUGCGACAAAUCCAGGAGGUGCAAAUGAGAAACUGGUUUACGCUACGAGAGAAAUUAUUUUAUAACUUGAGUGUUGUACAAAGUUUUAAGAAAAUGUAAAUAAAAGACGAAUUAUUUUUAUAUCAUGUAAAUAAAUAUUUUGUAUAUCGUGUAAAUAAUUAACAAUCACAAAUAAAUCCGUUUUGUAUUA